AUGUAUGGGAGCAAAGAAGAUUGUCAGAUAUCGUUAGCAAUCUAUGCUAUCAAAAACCAAUUCCAAUUUACGCAGACUGUUACGAAGUUGAAUUACUUUGUAGUGGAGUGCCCUGACGAUCACUGUGACUGGAGGGUAACGGCUCAUGAGAUGCGUGGUUGUGGUUACUACGAGAUCAAGAAGGCACAGAUCGACCAUUGUUGCCCUAUUGAGACCAGAAAUGGAUACAGAGGGAAAGCAACCUCAAAGGUUAAAGUUGUUGUCUACAAAUCCAGAUUUGGUGAGCACAAUAGGAACCCGAAGGCAAAAGAUCUACAGAGGCUAGUGUUGGAGGAUCUACGGCUAUCCACAUCGUACAUGAAGUGUUAUCGUGCUAUUGAUAUAGCAACGUCUGAGGUUACCGGGACUGACGAGGAGUCCUUCCUGAAGCUACCAGAGUACCUCUACAUGCUCAAGCUCGCCAACCCAGGAACAAUUGCUGAUUUGGAAACCGAGGUAGACGACGACGGUGACGAGCGCUUCCUGUACUUGUUUCUUGCAUUUGGGGCUUCAAUCGAAGGUUUCAAGAAGCUUCGCCAUGUGCUGGUUAUUGACGGCACUCAUCUCAGCGGAAAAUACAAAGGUGUCUUGCUGACUGCUAGUGGGCAAGAUGCUAACUUUCAGGUCUUUCCACUUGCAUUCGCUAUAGUCGACAGCGAGAACGAGGAAGCUUGGACUUGGUUUCUUCAAAAGUUAGAAAGGAUCUUAGCUGACUCCAAGAAUCUGGCCAUAAUCUCAGACAGGGCCGCUUGCAUUGCCACCGCAGUGAAACGCAUCUACCCUCUGGCGCAUCAUGGGUGUUGUAUUGUUCACCUAGCUAGAAACGUCAAUUCCCGCUUCUCUAGCAAACGUUUGGCGAAGCUCGUCACGAAAGCUGCGACUGCUUACAGGUUAUCUGAUUACAAGGAAUACUUCAACAAAAUUAGGGGAUCUAACAGUGCCUGCAUCAUAUACCUCACUAACAUUGGCGCUGGUCAGUGGUCAAGAUUCUAUUUUGGGGGUGAAAGGUAUAAUAUCAUGACCAGUAAUAUAGCAGAGCAGCUCAACAAUGCCCUUGGAGAGGGGAGGGGAUCGCCAAUUACGGAGCUUGUUAUCUUCAUCCAGAGGAUGAUGACUAGAUGGUUCAACGCACGUAGGAGAAAGGCAGAGCAACAUCAUGGGACCGUGACAGUUGAGGUUGACAAAGUCAUGACUAAGAGUAUGGCCACAAUGCGAGGAACUCAGGUUAACCCCAUUUCAAACUGGAGCUGCGAAGUUGUUGGAAAGUUUGGCGCAAAGCACCAUGUCAUGUUAGAGGAGAAGAGGUGCACCUGCAAGUAUUUCGACCGGAUCAAAAUCCCAUGUGGUCACGCCAUGCUUGCUGCAGAUCGUCUAGGGCUUCCUUACAAGUCACUGGUUGGUCACUGGUACAAGACCGUUGCUUGGAGAGAGACGUAUGCAGGUCUAAUAUACCCGGAGGAGAAGCCACAGGACGUAGAGAUUCCCGAAGAUAUCAGCGAACGAAUAUUGUACCCGCCAAUAACCAAACGUCAGGCUGGUAGGCGUAGGAAGACGCGCAUCCCAUCAACCGGCGAGUUCCCAGUGGGGAAGAAGACCAAAGUUGUGACGAUAAGGUGUGGUCGCUGCAUGAUGGAGGGUCAUAACAGGACACGUUGUCAGAAUCCUAUAUGA